AUGCAAGAGGCACUCAUAGAGAAUGCAUCUAAGAAAAAUAAACCCUCAUAUAAGCCUCCUCUACUCUUUGUCCCAAACAGCUAUUCUCCCAGAAAUACUACUUCCCCAGUUACAAGUCCUAAAACCUUCUCUAAAAAAAUUUCUUCCUCUACUGCAAAUUCUCCACCACCCAUCAAAAAACUCUCUUAUGCAGAGAUGCAGAAACGCAGAGAGAAGGGCCUCUGUUACAACUGUGAUGAAGUGUUUCAAGCGGGGCAUAAGUGCAUCAAACAACAGAUUCACAUGCUAUCCGCAGAUGAUGAAGAGUCAAAACAGUCUGGAGAAGAAUCUCCACUUGAAAGUCCAUUAUCUCCUUCCCAAGAAGAGGAAGUUGAAAUCUCAGUACAUGAUCUUGCUGGCAAUGUUUCUCACAACACCAUUCGGAUAGAGGGAACAGUCAAGAAGCAGCCACUGACAAUCCUGAUAGACAGCGGCAGUACGCAUAGCUUUCUAGAUCCAGCAGCAGCGUCAAGGUGUGGUGGACAUAUCUUACCUGCGGCAUCAUUGUCAGGGGCAGUAGAUAAUGAAAACAAAAUGGGGCACGACUUCCAAUUUGAUAUGCGGCUUCUAACCUUGGGAGGCUCUGACAUGGUUCUGGGGGUUGAUUGGAUGCGUGGAAUGAGCCCCAUGGUCUUCGACGUCAACAAGCUUACGGUGGAAUUCUCUAAAAAUGGAGAGAAAGUUAAGCUUCAAGAACCCACCACACUUCCCCCAUCAAGGGCACAUGACCGUCAUAUUCCAUUAAAGUUCCUCACUACACCUCCAAACCAGCGACCCUAUCGUAUUCCUUACAUUCAGAAGCAAGUAGUGGAUCGGAAGCUGAAUGAAGCUACUGUCAAGGAUAAAUACCCUAUACCCAUCAUGGAAGAGCUCUUGGAUGAGUUAUUUGGUUCACAGAUCUUCACCAAGAUAGACUUACGAGCAGGAUACCAUCAAAUUCGAGUUUUUCCUCCGGAUACUUAUAAAACUGCUUUCAAGACACAUAAAGGGCAUUAUGAGUUCAUGGUAAUGCCUUUUGGCUUAACCAAUGCCCCAGCUUCCUUUCAAGAUUUGAUGAAUGAUGUUUUCCAUCCACAUCUGAGGAAGUUCAUUUUGGUGUUCUUCGACGACAUUCUGAAGAAAGUGGAGUAUCUCGGCCACAUCAUCAAUGGUGAAGGAUUAUCAGCUGACCCAGCAAAGGUUGAUUGCAUGAUCAAAUGGCCAGUACCCUCCACCUUAAAGGAACUCAGAGGAUUCCUAGGUCUCACAUGGUACUAUAGAAAAUUUGUGAGGAACUAUGGGAUUAUUUGCAGGCCCUUGACAGAGUUAUUAAAGAAGGACAACUUCCACUGGAAGGCUGAUGUACAAUCUGCAUUUGAGACACUCAAGCAAGCUGUCACUACUACCCCAGUACUGGUGCUUCCAGAUUUCACUCUACCCUUUGAAGUAGAGACAGAUGUUUGUGAUACAGGGGUAGGAGCAGUGUUAAUGCAUAAAAAGAAGCUAAUUGCUUAA